AUGGCUCUUAAAGAAUAUUUCGAACUUCCAUGGCGAGUAGACAUCAAAACCUUCGUGAUACGCGGUCUGGGUAUAGUCACCGCUUUUCUGCUUGUCCUGCAAGUUCGAAAGGCCCUAAAAACCAGCGCGAAACUGAAACACAUUCCGGGUCUAAUAAUGUCUUGGAUAGACGCCCUUAAGUUCAUCUUUCACGCAAAGGCGAUCAUCCAAGAGGGUUAUACAAAGUACUAUGGGUCAGCAUUUAAAGUGCCCUUGAUUGAUAAAUGGAUGGUCGUCGUGAGUGGCGCCGAGAAGGUUGACGAUAUCCGGAGGUCUUCGCUCGAGCAGCUGUCUUCUCUGGACGCGAUCAUAGAUCUUUUGCAGAUGAAUCAUACUAUGGGUUACAGCUUAUGUGUUGACCCUUACCACGCCGAAGUUGUGCGAGGCGCUUUGACUCGUAACAUUGCCACACGUUUUGCGGACGUUCAUGAUGGGAUAAAGGCAGCCUUUGAAGACAAUAUACCGAUGACUGAAGACUGGAUUGAAGUUUCCGCAUACCAGACAGUUUUGCAAAUCGUAUGCAGAGUGAGCAAUCGGAUGUUUAUCGGACUUCCCAUCUGCCGUGAUCCCGAUUACAUCAAGCUCAACAUUGAUUUCACUAUCGGCGUUUUCGUUUACUCUCGUAUCAUCAACCUUUUCCCCAGGAUCUUCAAACCACACCCGGAGUAUACUGAAACUCUCCGAGCUGAGGUGGAAUCAGUCAUCAAUGCAGAAGGAUGCACGAAAGCUGCAAUGGGAAAGAUGAAUCAGCUUGACAGCUUUUUGAAGGAAGCGCAGAGUGUACGGCACUGUUGGCGUUUUCGGAAUGCGUCGUGUCGCUCAAAGCGACUUCGUUCUUUCGGACGGGAUUGUUGUUGUGUACGUAAUGUCUGGAACCGGCGUUCACUGUGUGGACACUGCCGUGUAAUACUACCUACCUACCUACCGACGGGCACUGAAAUCGCAGUGGCUGCUUUGGCUACGAAUACGGACGAGUGGAACUAUGAAAAUCCGUCAGAGUUCAGGCCCUGGAGGUUUUCUGACAGGAGGAAACAAGAGGGCGAGAACCUCCACCACAGGAUGGUCACUCCUAGCUUGGAUUUCAUUUUCUGUGGUCAUGGACGACCGGCAUGUCCCGGCCGUUUCUUCGCCGUCAAUAACCUCAAGGCUCUCAUGUCGUAUGUUCUUCUGAACUUUGACGUGAAAAUGGAUACGCUUCCCUCCUCCACAUGGUUAGCCGGCGAUCAGAUUCCUGAUCAGAGCAUUAAGGCGUUGUUCAGGAAGCGCGUAUAUACAUACCAGUCUUAUUGCUUCUCUAUCGACAUGGGUCUCCAAGAAAACGUCAACCUAGCGCAACAAGUGGACAUUGCCUUACUACUGCGCAGUUUAGGUCUAGCCGCCACAUUCCUUCUUGCCUGGCAACUUCGAAAGGCUAUCGACAACAGAGCGAAGCUGAAAGCUAUUCCCACGGUUGGGUCUUCUGGAAUCAUCACGUCUUGGAAAGAUGCCUUCCGAUUCGUCUUCCAUGCAAAAGAAAUUAUUCAAGAGGGUCAUAGAAUGCUUUUGCAGAUAGACUAUACGAUUGGCCGUCGUUUCAAUGAAGACUCUUACCAUACCGAUGUCGUUCGAGGCUCUUUGACGCACAACAUUGGCACGCGCUUUGCGGAUGUGCAGGAUGAAAUUCAAGCGGCCUUCAAAGAUAAUAUACCAGUGACUGAAGGCUGGAUAGAAGUCCCUGCAUAUAGAACAAUCUUACAAAUUGUAUGCAGAGCGAGCAACCGGAUUACCCAAGGCCGCAAUCGUGAUUACAUUAAACUCAACAUCAAUUACACUAUAAAUGUCGUCGUCUGCGCUCACAUUAUUCGCCUUUUCCCUUCAAUUCUAAAGCCAAUCGUGGGAUCCAUCUUCACACCCCGCAGGCAUGCAGCAGCCAAGAUGGAAAAAUUCCUUGGUCAGACUAUACGGGAACGAUUGCACCAAGACGAUGCGCAUGGCAAAGAUGGGCGGGAAAGCCGCGAGAGACGCACAGUGCAAGACUUGAUAAUUCGGAUGCUUGGCUUGAACUUUGCAGCCAUUCAUACGACGUCCAUGACAUCUAUUGUUGCUUUAUAUGCAUUAGCUGCACAUUCGGAAUACGUCCAAAUCCUUCGCGAUGAGGUAGAAACUACCAUCGUAGGAGAAGGGUGGACUAAAGCUGCGAUGGGAAAGAUGAAUAAACUGGAUAGUUUCGUUAAAGAAGCUCAGAGGCUAUACGGUGGAAUCGGUGCCUUCAGUAUGCUUCGUUUGGUCAAGAAAGACUUUAUAUUCUCGGAUGGGACGGUUGUUCCUGCUGGCAAUCAAAUCGCUGUCGCUGCUUACCCCACACAUAUGGACGAGGAGAACUACGAGGACCCAUUGGAGUUCAAGCCGUGGAGGUUCUCCGAUAAGAGGACAAAGGAGGGUGAGGAUAUUCGCCACCAGAUGGUGACAACUAGCAUAGAUUACCUUCUCUUUGGCAACGGACGACCCGUUUGCCCAGGCCGUUUCUUUGCCGUUAACGAGUUGAAGGCCCUUAUGUCUUAUGUUCUUUUGAACUUUGAUGUGAAGAUAGAUAAAGUCCCCGAAACCAGGUGGUUUCUCUCUGAUCAGUUCCCUAAUCAGAGCAGCAUGGCUAGCUCUUACACGAUAUAUAUUGGACAAUAUGUGAACGCCAUCAUGAUGCUCUUUCUGGCACUGAGUGGUUACCAUCGUUUCCGCCACUGCCUAUGCAUACCCCAGCUGGGAAAUGAAUAUUUCUUACCUGUUUCGGUCCGGCGUGCGUACUUUACGGAAGUUCGUCAGUAUCGUACGAAAAUUGGACGGCACUUCGCUGCUGGGCAUCCUGGGUUUGUCCUUUGUAUUUCUGCUUGCGUUCCAGUGUCGACAGGUUUCAAACAACCGGGGAAAGGUAUUCCUACGGUUGGGUCCUCUAGGUUCAUCGCAUCUUGGAAGGAUGCUUUGAAAUUCCAUUUCCCCUCAAAGGAAAUUAUUGAAGAAGGCUACAGAAAGUACUACGGGUCAGUGUUCAAAGUGCCGUUGCUCGACAAAUGGAUUAUCGUUGUCAGCGGCGCUGAGAAGAUUGAUGAGAUUCGAAAAUCCUCGCCUGAACAGCUGUCUUCACUGGAUGCAACCUCAGAUCUUUUGCAGAUGGACUAUACGAUGGGUAGCAGCGUGGCCGCUGACCCUUACCACAUAGACAUCGUGCGAAACGCCUUGACCCGUAACAUAGCUGUUUGUUUUGCGGACGUUACAGACGAGAUUCAAGCGGCCUUCAAUGACAACAUCCAGACGACUGAAGGUACCAAUUUUAAUUGUCUGUUUAGGCUCCACGCCUAUCAAGUUACUGUAGAUUGGAUCAACGUUCCUGUACACGAUAAAAUUCUCCAAAUUGUAUGCAGGGCAAGUAACCGCAUGUUUGUCGGCCUUCCUCUCUGCCGUACCGAGGAUUAUAUCAAGCUCAAUAUCAACUUCACGGUCAACGUUUUCGUCUGCGCUCAUAUCAUCAACAUUUUCCCAUCGUUCCUGAAACCAAUUGUAGGAUUCCUCUUGACACCCCGGAGACGCUUUAGCUCAGGCGGAGAGAUUACUCGGUCAGACUAUUCGAGAACGACUGCGCAAAGAGGACCUCCAUGGAAAGGAUUGGCCAGGGAAACCGGUAAGGAAUUACUGAAUGAUCUCCUCUCAUGGCUGCUCGACGCGACCAAGGACAACAAGGAAAAACGUACUGUACAGGAUUUGACCACUCGUCUCCUUGCCUUGAACCUGGGGGCCAUCCAUACAACGUCCAUGGUAUUCAAGACUGCCGUGUACACAUUAGCUGCACAUCCGGAAUAUGUUCAGAUUCUCCGAACCGAAGUUGAAUCAGCCAUUGCGGAAGAAGGCUGGACCAAAUCUGCGGUUAGUAAAAUGGAUCUUCUCGACAGUUUCUUGAAGGAGGCUCAAAGGCUCUAUGGAGAUCUCGGGGUCUUCGGUGUACGUCGUACGGCGCGAGAGGAUUUCAUCUUUUCAGAUGGGACAAUCGUGCCAGCCGGCAGUCAUAUCGCCGUAGCGGCGCUCUCCACCCAUGUCGAUGAGAAGAAUUACGAAGAUCCGUUACAGUUCAGGCCUUGGAGGUUCUCUGAGAGGAAACAGGAAGGUGGGGGUAUCCACCAGCAGAUGGUUACCCCCAGCCUAGAUUAUGUUCUCUUUGGUAUUGGACGGUCAGCAUGUCCAGGACGCUUUUUCGCCAUAGACACGCUGAAGACCCUCAUGACUCAUGUUCUCCUGAACUUUGACGUGAAAACAGACGGCAUUUCCACCGCAGGCCAAUUACCUACUCACCAAGACCGAAACAAUGACAUCUUCUUCAGGAAGCGCGCGCGCACGCCAUAG